CUUGUUGCGGCCGUACCUAUCGAUACGUUCUCCAGACGUAGGACGACUCCCGUCGUUCUGUGCCACGCCACACAAACCUCAUUUUACUCCUCUUAUGGCUUCUGCCAUUCAUCCCUUCAUAGUCCUUCCGCAACAAAGCUGCUCGAUAUGAAGGAGAGUGUCAGACCGUCUAAUGCCAAAGACGCGUUCGGAGGGAAGCCUUCUAUGGAAUUUUGAGAGUGCCUCACAGCUGUCCUUAUUAGAGGACCUGAGGAAAGCUGGCGCGCGGUUACGUUGUCAUUCAACUGUUGGAAGCUCUGAGCUGGUGCCUCUUCCGCUUUCGAAAUCUGCUCCGUGUUCGAUCAUCUGCCACCAUAUUCCCUCCAUCACAGCGAAACAACUGCCUUCGAGCUUCCCCUCUACCGUUUGCGACACAUCUACAUGCCGGAGAUAAUUUGCAACCGAGUGAACUGCGGCAAGAUACUCGCCGAUGGAGAAGCGCUGCUUGAGCACCUGAGGAGGGAUCAUCCGACCAACAUACAAUGCUAUCUGUGCCUGGCAACAUUUGGCACCAACAACAAGGCAUUGAUUGAUCACUUUGAAGAGAAGCACCCAGAGGUGGAUGGGGACCUGAAAGUACCCUGCACAUAUCCCGGUUGUCGGAAAACGGCUGUGAAUUCAUGGUACCUGAGUCAGCAUCUUGUUUUGGACCAUGGCGUUAGGCGUUAGAUAAGAUGUGGGAUAUACCCUAGUGCGAAGUUGGAGCGAGAACCGUAGUUAAAUGAUCUCAUUGUUGUGAGAUUGAGAUUGAUAUUGAUGGCAAUUGCAAGAUUCCCUGCGUUGUACGCAUUGCUGUUAUUGCUCGUUAAUUCGUGGCCUCUAAUCUGAUAAUAGAAGCGCAGAUCAUAAAAUACCGACACGAGAGCGGACGGUUGAAGCUCAAUAUUAUUCCGAGCGUUUCUGCAUUCUUGUCUGCUUGCAAAGGAUCUGGUUGUUUGACGAUUACCAGAGCCUUGUCAAGAGUAACCCUUUC